GUGAGCACUCAGUAAACACAAUUGAAUGGAUGAAUGAAUGAAUGAACCCAUUCCUGUCACAAUAAAAAUGCUUUGGAACCAGAUUUCAUCUGAUCCACUCCCUCAGGGACAAAUGGGCAUACUCGGUCCCACGGUGGAGUGCACUGGGUCUCGGCUGUUCCCAUUGGGUCAAUCAAUCCGCCAACCUUUGGUAAGCUUGCAGUGGAAGCACUACGUAGGGUGACAGCAGGGUCGGAAGAGUUCUUUGUUUGUGUUUUGCCUCCCUCCUAAGGCAGCUGUGGCUCAGCUCCUCCCUCUCUGCCACACCCAAAACCACACCCGCACCCACACACAGGGCAGCCUGGCUGCGGCUUUCUCAUCCUCAUUUCAGCCCGGAGCCUCAGAGGGUGCUUGUGAGGUGGACCAUUCGCUCUAGGGUGGACCAUUAUCCGGCCGUGAACCAUGGAUAUGGACCGAAACUACUGUGUGAAACUGAAUGAUGGGAACCGAAUCCCCGUCCUAGGCUUUGGGACCUAUGCCUCCAGUCCGGAUGAAAAAAUGAAAUCUGAGGAGAUUACAAAAGUGGCUAUUGAGGCGGGUUUCCGCCAUUUUGAUGGCGCCCUUGUGUACAGGAACGAAAGGGCAGUGGGACAGGCCUUCCGAGCUAAGAUGGCAGAUGGCACCGUCAAGAGGGAGGACAUAUUUUACACCGGGAAGCUGUGGUCCACUUAUCACCGCCCGGAGUUGGUUCGGAAAGGUCUGGAGCAAUCGCUGAAGGACCUGCAGCUGGAUUAUCUCGAUCUUUUCAUCAUCCACAAUCCCUACUCUCUUAAGCCCAGAGAGGAGUUUCUACCAAUGGAUGGGAACAAGAAACUAAUCCCAGAUCACGUAGACCUUCGAACUACGUGGGAGGCCCUGGAGGCAUGCAAAGACGCCGGCUUGGUCAGGUCCAUCGGCGUCUCCAACUUCAGCCGCAAACUCCUGGAGACGAUCUUGACCAAGCCAGGACUUAAGUACAAACCCGUCUGCAAUCAGGUGGAGUGUCACCCUUAUCUCAACCAGAGCAAACUGCUGGAGUUCUGCAAGGCCAACGACAUCGUCUUGGUGGCAUAUAGUGCACUGGGAUCGCAGAGAAAUAAGCUCUGGAUAUGUCAGAACACCCCAGUGCUGCUGGAGGACCCGGUCCUGGGCGCCAUCGCCAAGAAACACAACCGCACCCCGGCCCUGGUCGCCCUGCGCUACCAGCUGCAGCGUGGCGUUGUGGUCCUGGCCAAGAGCUUCAAUGAGAAGCGGAUCAAAGAGAACAUGCAGGUGUUUGAUUUCCAGCUGGACCCCGAGGACAUGGAAACCCUUGACCGCCUCAACAGGAACUUGUGUUACCUAAAUGAAGACUUGUUCAAGCAUCAUCCCGUGUUUACGUCAGCUAAAGAAUUUUAACAGGAUUCCUCAGCUCUGCCUGCUCAGAAUUCAUUCCUGGUGUCUUGUUCCCAGGGCCAGAGGGUGGCCCUGAUGGGUCCACCCACCCUCCUCCUCCUAUUCCUCCUCAGAAGUCUGUCUAGACAUGGGACUAAGGUGAUAAUCCUGGCAUGGACCUUGGAGACAUUUCAGGGAAAUCACAGAUGACCAAACAUCAGCCUGGAAGGGAAAUAAAGUUCAAUUAACACUCAAAA